AAGGUUGUGGGAAUGUGUCAAUUUGCUAGUCGCCGGUUGACAAAGUGGUCUCUCGUCUCUUACUUUCAACUUUGACAUUAGUCCGGUGUAUUACACCCGAGGUCGGUGUAGCUAGAUCGAUAUCUUAAUUUAAUAAGCGGACAUGGCCAAGAAACGAAGAGAAAGACGAGAGGCCGAUAGUGUUUCGUCAGUAACGUUACACGAGGAACCGAAGACAAAAUUUAACGAGGCACAAACCCUCAAAGAGACUCAAUACACUGGAGGGGGCUCAGCUCGCAUGUCUCUCCUCAUCCUGCUGUCUAUCUUCACCUGCGCUGCUUCUGUCAUGUACCUAGUGUACAGGAAUUUCCCAGAGCUCAACGAUGAUGAGAGGGCUACUAUUAAAAUCCCCAAAGAUAUGGAUGAUGCUAAAGCCUUGGGCACUGUACUUUCCAAAUAUAAGGACACCUACUACACCCAAGUGUUAGUAGCCUACUUUACCACCUAUAUCUUCCUCCAGACAUUUGCGAUCCCUGGAUCCAUCUUCCUCAGUAUCCUGUCUGGUUAUCUCUACCCCUUCCCCCUGGCUCUUUUCCUUGUCUGCCUGUGCUCUGGCCUGGGGGCUUCCUUCUGCUUCAUGCUAUCUUAUCUAGUGGGGCGACCAGUGGUCUACAGAUACCUGACAGAGAGAGUCCAGAAAUGGUCCCAGCAGGUUGACAAGCACAGAGAUCAUCUCAUCAAUUACAUCAUAUUUCUGAGGAUCACUCCCUUUCUCCCCAACUGGUUCAUCAACAUCACCUCACCCAUCAUCAAUGUGCCUUUGGGGUUCUUCUUCCUUGGUACUUUCUUUGGAGUGGCCCCACCGUCCUUUGUGGCGAUCAACGCUGGUACAACACUGUACAAACUGACGACAGCUGGGGAGGCAGUGUCCUGGAACUCUCUGAUUGUGCUAGGUGUCCUGGCCAUACUCUCUAUCCUGCCUGUUUGCUUCCAGAAGAAACUGCAGCAGAAGAUGGAGUAGGCACGAGACAACUCAUCUGCCUGCCUGAUCCCCCAGCCCAUCCCUUGGCUCAGGAAUGGUACACCCCGCUCUCACUCACAUAGUCCUGUCUGUUGCUGUCCCGCACACCUGCUGAGGUUGCUGUGGAAACAUUGCUUUUGGUCCAACCCUGACUCCUGUGUCCAAAACAUGUGGUGGUGGCCACCUCAACUUUGUGCUCUACAAAGGACUAACUGGCCUCUGCUCAUCCUCGGGUUUGUUCUCCCAUUUUUGUUAAAUGUUGCUUGCCUGUAAAACGAUUUAAGAAAGGAUACAGAAAACAUCAGGCAUCUGUCUUUAAUAUUGUUUUAAUCACAAUGGUUCUCACAAGUUCAAGCUACACUUCCCUCCUUUGUAUGUCUUGAACCAUGUUUUGAAUUGAUUUAAUCUCUUAACCUGUGUGAUAUGGGUGACGUCAGUUCAGUGUUUUUGAUUUUCACAAAAUUUUAGGACUAUUGUUAUGACUGUUUUAUACACUGGUUAGAAUGUGAGCAUAUUAAAUAAUUUAGAAUGUUCUUUCAUUUGAAGAUAUUGUUAACACACCACCCUAAAAUGAUCUGUGUGCCAUCAAUGUUGACAUGAAAAAUAUGCAUAUGAACACAUAGUAAGAUAAAUAUGAAUCUCUUGAUGCUUUUGUUGGGCCUAUCAGUAAACAUAUGAAACGGCA